AUGUUAUGUCUUUCUAGUUUAGCCGGUGCUGACACCGGAAACCAAAUAUGCUUACACAUAUUCACUCCUGGAUGGGGCAUCAAGAAGAUAAAAGUUCAAUUAUCAUUUUCGAUUAGAUCUCUUGAUAAAAUUUAUCAAAUGACUAAUUACUUAUAUAAAGGCUCAUUAAUGUCGAAGGAUUGUACCUUUGGGUACUAUGGAGUCCAGGAAGGUGAUUGUUUAAUAACUGUUUCCGCUAAAAUUCCCGAGGCACAAAUUAAUUCACGCAUCUUGUCUCUCUCCACAGACUCAUCUCUCAGAAACUAUGCGAGUUUAACGAAUGCUCGUGAAUGUACAAAGCUCAAUGAUUUAAGAUUGCUCAAAUUAGAAAUGAAACCGUCCAAGUUUAGAUCUACAGUUAAAAACAUGCAGAAUAAGCGAAAAAGCGAAUUAAUAGAACAGCACAGCGUAUCUAUAAUGCCAGAAGCACCCUCAAAAAUCUCUUCGGAGCCAUUGCCAGUAUUUUGGCAUAGUAACGCUCCUAAGCCAAGGCCAAUUACCAGAACGGAUUCUGGAUUCUCUGUUGAAGAAGGCGAAAUUGAUAAGAGUCAGAAAUUAUUCUGA